AUGAACCUCUUCUGCUUCUCCCUGGAGGGGUCCAUGGACAGCUUGUAUGAGGCAGUCCAGAACUCAGAGGACCCCCCACGGCCCGUCCCCAGCCGAGCCUCCAGUCGCCCCUGCAGCCGCUCUGUGAGCCGCUCUGGAAGUCCUGCUCUUCUGCUCGAUGACAAUAAGAAAUGGAGGGGCUCCGGAAAGUCCAUUUCUAUGGACUUGAAUCAAACCUCAACCAACACCAAUAAAAAGAAACGAAGAACACACAUAUCCAAAUCAGCAUCAGACAAUGAGGCUUUGGACAGUCCGAGCUGUAAUAAUGCUGCUGUUUGGCAACCAGCCAGAAGUCAAGAAGAUUUAUCCCACAUCCCCCACCUGCACCACCAAAAUGAAGAAAUGAAAGGGAUUAAACACAGAACAGAAAAUAAAGGCGGAAAAGGAACACAUCAUUCUGGCCCAAAGAAAAAGGAGAAACCACCUUUAAGUCAGGGCAAUGGCCAUGACUCCAAAAAUAAUAUCAAAAGAGGCCAAAAGUCUGGGAAGAAACCAGUUGCAAAAAGUGUGAAAGACGGAGCAAAGAAGCCUCCCCACUCCAGAGGGAAAUCUCCAGCAGGUGUCAUGAGCCCUCUCGCUGGGAACUACCUGGAUGUUCAAUACAGGUGCGACAGACGACCAUAUAUGGAUAAAUGUUCCACACUUCCUACUCCAGAUAAUUAUGCCCCUGGACGUGGAAUGGAAAAAGUCAGUCUUCCUGGAGGAGCGACACCCACCCAUGCGCACCGCUGGAGUAACCCAGGAGAGGGCAGUCCUCUCUGGGGCAGUGUCCCACACACAUGCCACCGGCCGCUCACCGAGUACCACACCCUCCAGCAGGACUUCACUGUGAAGGACUGGGAUGGGGGGCAGCAGAGUGCAGGACCACCCCCGGACAGCAGCCUCAAGCAGAACAUGAAACCUCAGGCUCCUGCCAAAGUGUCGCGGUCCACCAGCAACGUGGAACUGUCCCAACCAAAUCGCUCCACCAGCUUUGGCAGAUUUGACAAACAUCAUUCAACAUCAAAAUCAGAGGAACAUGGACCAGAUGGGGUGAUAGAAGAGAGUGAAGUUUCCGACCAAAAUAAAUCUGCUGGAAUUGGGAAGAAAAUCAAAGGGAUUUCUCUGACCAUGCGGAAAAGAAUGGGCAAAAAACACAACAAGUUGUUUUCUGAAGAGACAGGGGACGACACAGACCGGGAGGCUGAGGCCGACAGUGGAACUCCUGUUGAGAAGAACUCGAGUGCUCGCUCCCUGGAGAGCCUCCACAGCGCACAGAGCUGCUCAAGUGGUGUGAGUGAGUCUCUGGCCGCAGCUCGGGUCAGUUUGAAGCUGGAUGUGGACGGCUCUUAUCGGGGGCAGUUCUGUGGAAGAGCUCGGGUUCACACAGACUUUGUUCCCAGUCCCUACGACACAGACUCUCUCAAGCUGAAGGCUGGCGACAUCAUAAACAUCAUCAGUAAACCUCCCAUGGGCAUCUGGACUGGCAUUCUAAACAACAAAGUGGGCAACUUCAAAUUCAUCUAUGUGGACGUCUUAGUGGAGAAAGAGGAAGAGAAGGAAGAGGAAGAAACCCCAGUGAUCCGACAGCAGAAACUGUGCAAAAGGACACGACCUAAAACUCUGCUGGAGUUACUGGAACGACUCAGACUGGAGGAGUACGCCUCUGCCCUGCUGCUGAACGGAUACCAGACUGUGGAGGACCUACGGCACCUCCAGGAGAAGCAUCUGAUCGAGCUCAACGUCAAAGACCCGGAGCACAGACUGAAGCUGCUGGCGGCGGCCGAUCUGCACUACACCGAAGAUGAUGUUGCGGACACUGAGGAGGAAAAGUCCAGCCAUGGUCAGCAGGAGGAGGACAGUGAUUGCCCCAGAGACUCCGGCUGCUUCAUCCCAUCUGAGUGCUCCGACUCCAAAGACGACACAGAGGCUCUUCCUGAGGCGGUCAGCUCAUGA